CCCACCGUCAGAGCGAGCAGCAUUAUCACCAUCAUCACGAACGGAAAAAACAGUAAGGGAAGGGAAGGACGGCCCCCUGCCCAACAAAAGAAAAAUACAGAAAAGAUUUGUAGAGAGAGAAAGAAGGGGGGAGGUUGGGGUUGGCGUGGGGAGGGCAAUUUUUUCGGUUGUGGGUUUUUAUUGGGGGGGUUGGACUAAUUCGUUGAACCGAAAGGAAUGAAUGUGCGGGCGUGUGUGGAGGGAAGUUUCAGAUUGGGGUGAGGCCCCCUUGAGGAAGAAGCAAACAAGGAAACAAGUAUUGGAGAGACGUAUAUUGGGGAUUUAGGGAGAGAAAAGAGGGAGAAGAGGUAUAUAGAUGGGAGAGAUUGAUUCCUGCCAGCCCAUUUUCUUGGCCUUUGCUCUGAGUAGAUUCCACCUCUUCGUCUUCGUUGCACCUCUUCUGUCCUUGUUGGUCCUCCUCUUCUCCCUCUAGAAAUGGCGGUCCAGGCUCAGUACCCAUCCAACGUUUGGCUUUCUGAUUUCAUGACCAGGAAUGGUCAGGAAAAGAAGGAAUUGCUUGAUGCCGCUAUAGGCUCUGAUUACGCAUUCGAAGUACCAGAUCAGAAAUUCAUUGAUGCAUUGGGAAACAUCCCUCAAUCGAAUUCAGCAAUGGCGUUCCUUCAACAACCGCAGCCACAGCAGCAGUACCACCACCAACAGCAGCAGCAGGAGAGGACAUGUAUGAUCAACCUGGAAGACCUCCGUCUCCCUGUUGCUGCUUCCAAACCCGUCGCCGCUUCCUCGCCUUCAAACGUCUUCACCGGCCUGAGACUCUCUCUCGAGGACCAACAACAGAACCAGACCAGCAACGCCUCUUACCCACCCACCAACCUCUCGUUCGUGGCCGACGAUCUCUCCCUCCUCCUCAACCAACACCAACAAGAAAUCGAUCAUCUCGUGAGAGCGCAGAGCGAUCAAUUGCGCCGGUCUCUGAUAGGGAAGCGUCAGAAGCAGUACGAGGCGAUCGUCACGGCGGUGGAGCGAAUCGCGACGCGGAGGCUGCGGGAGAAGGAUUCGGAGAGGGAGCGAGUCGCCCGCCGGAACGCCGAGCUCGAGGAGAAAGUGGGGCAGCUCGUGGCGGAGGCGCGCUUCUGGCAGGCCAAGGCCCAAGCCCAGGAGGCCAUCGCCGCCACCCUCCAGGCGCGCCUCACCGAGCGGGCCCAGCAGACCAGCCCGGCCGCAGACGAAGUCGACGACGCCGAGUCGUCCACCUCCGAACCGGACCGCCCUGACCGGGGCCUCUGCAGGGCGUGCAGGGGGAUGGAGGCCUCGGUGGUGGUGCUGCCAUGCCGCCACCUCUCCAUUUGCUCCGUCUGCGCACAGUCCCUCGGUGCCUGCCCGCUCUGCCACUGUGUCCGAACCGCUUGCAUCCAGGCCUACCUCUCCUGAUCCGGAUCAUCCGAUUCGACCCCACUCUGCCUUUUUUUCGGAUCCCCUCUUCUUUUUUGGGGGCAGGGCCUAUAAAUUUUCCUUUUUAAUUUCUUUUGUUACUAUCAUUUUUUUUUUACACCCUCUUUUCUUUGACAAUUGACCUAUUUGUCUGAAAUUUUAAUUGGCAAUGUAAUUACUAAGAUUCUAAAACCUCAA